CGCAGCACGCACGUCCAGGCGUUUCCCUCCCGAGGAGCGGGGCGGCGCAGGGCGCAGGCGCGGCGCGGGCGGCAUGGGCGACGCGCUGGAGGAGCCGUGGUGGGACCGCGACCGGGACCGGGACCGCGACCGGGACCGCGGCGCGCCAGAUCCUUCAGAUGAUGAAGCUUUUGAAAAAACAAAUGAAAACAAGACAGCAGCCUGUCAAGAUUCAAAUUCCAAACCUGCUGUGAAAAAGAAAAGAAAGCAGCCUACAGAGUGUUUUUUAAGUCAGCCUGAAGAAAAGCAAGAGAGCACUGUAAAGGCAAAGAGGAGGAAGAAGAAGAAGAUUUCUGAUGUUCUGCAAAAAUCUGCUCCAAAACCUGGUAUCCCUGCAGAUCUACAAAAUCUGCUUACUCAACAUUUUGGUGAAAACCGUUCUGUGAUUGAAAUAGAGGAAUUAAAGCUGUCAGAUUCCUGCUUUCUGCCAGCCAAUGAUCUUACCCACAGUUUUUCUUCAUACCUGAAGGAAAUCUGCCCAAAGUGGGCGAAGCUCCGCAGGAACCACAAGGAGGAGAAGUCGGUGCUGAUGCUGGUUCUGUGCAGCUCUGCCCUGCGCUCCUUGGAACUCAUCAAGUCAAUGACAGCCUUUAAAGGAGAUUGCAGAGUCAUCAAGUUGUUUGCAAAGCACAUAAAGAUAAAGGAACAAAUGAAUAUGUUAGAGAAAGGCAUGUUCCACAUUGGGGUUGGAACUCCUGGGAGAGUAAAGGCACUAGUGGAGCAAGAUGCCCUGUGCUUAAACGCCACAAAAUAUAUGAUUUUGGAUUGGAACUGGAGAGACCAGAAACUAAGGAGAAUGAUGGACAUCCCUGAGAUAAAGAAAGAAACAAUUGACCUACUUGAGAAGAGUAUUAUAAAGCUGUGCAGAAAUGGAUCUGUGAAGCUGGGACUCUUUUAGUGAGUUUACCAACAAGGAAGUAAUUUGCAGCUGCCUUUUGCUAUUAUCCUGCUUGCAACUGAAUUUUGACUCUUCAGAGGUCUAAAUACAGAAGGCACAUUGCAACAUUUUUUGAGUUUUCUUUUAAUAAAAACCCAGAAAUUUUGUUUGUAGUUCUAGUAUUAUUUUUACUGCAGGAACAAUGUCAUACUGAAAUCAGUUACACCACUUUCACCUGCUAGAUGUACUACUUCGUGUCACUGGUAAGACCUUGAAGAUGAGCAAAUAUGGGUGUGAAAGUCUUUGCACAGCUCAGUUUUCUGUUCCCUCUUUGUGCUAUCCUAAAUGAGACAUGUAUUUGUCUCAUGAGAGUGGUAAUCUACUUGCCCUUGGGGGUCUUUGAAAAAGUAUGAAUUUCAGUAACAUGUUAAAAAGGUAUUUUUCACCUAUCUGUUCUAGAGCUGGGCAAAUGCUGCUUUUUGCUCUUACAUGGUAUUAUCUGCAUAUUUUACUGAGAUCUUAUUUUGGUUAAACUGUUGAAGUGUGUAAAUAGUAUUCUUAUGUUUGUCCAUUUAAAUUAAAAUGAGGUGAUCUCUG